CACUGCAACAAAUUUGUUUUGAUUUCUUUGCUUCGGUUGCCCUGCUCCUGGAGAAAUGGCCACCAAGGAGCUGCAGUACUCCGUCCACUCACUGUGCCGCACCUGUCUGGCCGACCUGGAGCAGGGGAUGGGCCACGACCUGUUCCUCAUUCCAGAUCUGGCCAAGAAGCUGACUGUUUGCACGUCUCUGGAUGUGGAUGCCCAGGAUGGCUUUCCACGCCACAUCUGCCACCUGUGCUAUGGAAAGUUAAACGAGCUGCACGAUUUCCAGGAGCAGUGUGUGGGCUCCCAGAAGCGACUCAAGGAAAUGGUAGCCAACAGCCAGGUCUUUCCCGUUGGACAAUUCGAGCCCGUGGCGGAGGCAACAGACGCACCGAGCAGGCAAGAGGAGCAGGCCAGUUAUGAUCCUCUCCUCAACCACAAGCUGGAGAUGAUUGACAACGAGGAGGAGGUGUUCAAAAUGUUGGAAACAGUGGACAGGGAACCAGAGGAGCCUUGCCAAGAGAAUUCCUCCAGUGAAGAGUCUGAACAGGAUGAGCGGAACGAGCAGGAGGCGCAGAAGAGCUUCUCCAGCGACGAUGAACAACCCUUGGCAACGCGCAGGAAGACUCCCUGCCAGGAGCGUCACCCGCAUCACCUUAUCACCUGUCCCAUCUGCCAGCAAAAGUUCAAGAAGCCGUCGAAGUACGAGGAGCACAUGAAGCACCAUAAUGACCUGCUGCCCUUUCAGUGCGCGGAGGAUAACUGCCGCAAAGGCUUCACCACGGCAGGUGCCCUGCGGCUGCACGUGGACUACGCGCACACCAAGAAGGCGGAUGAGAUUCCCUGUACCGUAGAGGGCUGCCGGUUGAUGUUUCCCCGUCUCCGCCUGCUAACGAUCCACCUGAAAAAGGUGCACAACCAGGCCAGGGUGAGUGCUCCGCGGGCGGAUCAGCCGUGCGGGGAAUGUGGCCUGGUCUUCCGCUGUCCGGUGGCCCUCAAGAAGCACAUGUACAAGCACACUGGCGAGGAGCUGCCAUAUCCCUGCAACAUCUGCGGCAAGGGCUUCCACAUCAACAGCGCCCUGAAGAAUCAUCUCCUCCGUCAUGCGGGCAUCAAGAACUACGUGUGCCCCUACUGUGGCGUUGGGAAAACGACUCGCCAGGAGUGGAGCAAGCACCUCCUCACGCACACCCAGGAGAAGCAGUUCAAGUGCCACAUCUGCGACCAUGCCACCCACACGAAGCGCGCCCUGGACAACCACGUGAAGAUCGUGCACGAGAAGAUCCGAAACUUUGCCUGCCAGUACUGUGGCAAGACCUUUGGCAAGUCCCAUGCCUGCAAGAUCCACGAGAUGACGCACACGGGGGAGAAGCGGUGCGAGUGCAAGGUCUGCGGCAAGAAGUUCCUGUACACGGAGAGCCUGACCAAGCAUCUCAAGAUCCACGAAAAGAGUGUGGAGAGAGCCCUGGAAACCUAUCGCCAGCGGCAGGGAGACUGUGAACCCGGGGAAGUCCAGGUGGAUGCCGAUCAACUGCUGAAAGUGUGUGCCGAAUCGGUGGCCACCAUACCCAAAGACCCGCGUCGCGUGGAGCGCGUUGAGCUGUCCCAACUGGCAGGCACAGUAGUGAAUCCCAUUCCCACGGUUCAACUGCCGCCCAGCGAGCCCCCAGUCCGUACGAAAUUCGUCCAAAAGGAGGGCAUGCACCUUUGCCCCGGCUGCAGCCAGGGAUUCAAUAACCUAGGCAACAUGAAGCGUCACUACAAGAGCGUCCACGAAAAGGUUAAGGACUUUGAGUGCCGCUUCUGCGCGCGUCGUUUUGCCAACUCGCAGUCCCUGAAGCAACACGAGUGGAUACAUACGGGUGAGAAGCCGUACGAGUGCAAGGUGUGCAGUACACAUUUCCGCCAGGAGGCGGCUCUCAUUCGCCACCAGAAGGUACACUACGAAAAGCCGGCCAAGCCGCCGAAACCAGCCAAGGAAAUCACGGAUAGAGCUCGCCAAAAGGCAAUGCAAAAGAGUGAACGCCGACAGAAGGUGGAGUCGCUGCGCCAGGAGAUAGCCGAGGCUGCCAAGGAGGAGCUCAAGGAUCUGGCCAAGCUAAGGACGCUAGAGAAGCAGCAGAACAGCUAUGAACAGUAUCAGGCAAAGGCAGGGGAAGGGGAAUCUUAAGGCAUGUCCAUGUCUUCCAAAUGUUGGUUAAUAUUUAACUAUUUCCUAAUUGUUAUCUUAGUUUUAAGUAAAUAAAUUAAGUGAAAAUAAUCUCACCUUCUUAAAGUU